CAACCCAGUAAGUGUUUUGGUUCCUCUUGUUGCCACUCUUGUCCUCCAUCCUCCCCAAAUGGCAAUCAAAUCUUCCUCCAAGGUGGCGCCAUAUGCUUUUGACUAUUCACGUGGCGAGGUAUGGAUGGGACACAUCCUAAAACUGCUCUACCGCUUGGUGGGAAUGUUCUCUGAUCUGGUUUUUGGACUGGUCUACAAUAAUCGCACUGAGCCACUGCCACCAAUCCGUGAUCUGGUGCUGCUUGAGAGCACAGCCAGCCUUGCACUAAAGAUUCGUCAGGGCCACCUGCGCAGUGAGGAGGUGGUGCGCUCGUUCAUGGAGCGCAUAGAACAGGUGAACCCAGUGCUCAACUGCGUCACUGAGCACCGGUUUGAGGCAGCGCUGGAGGAGGCACGUGCCGCCGAUGCGCUGGUGGCCAGCGGCACCCGCUCUGAGGCCGACCUCGAGCGCGACAUGCCCUUCCUGGGCGUGCCAUUCACCGCCAAGGACUCGAUCGCCAUCGCCGGGAUGCGGCACACGGUCGGGCUGUGGGCGCGCCGGGACGUGGUGGCCGACGAGGACGCCGAGGCGGUGCGGCUGCUGCGCCGCGCCGGCGCCAUCCCGCUGGCGCACACCAACGUGCCCGAGCUAUGCAUGUGGUGGGAGACCUCCAACCGCAUCUAUGGCCGCUCGUGCAACCCGUACGUGACGAGCCGCAUCACGGGCGGCAGCAGCGGCGGCGAGGCGGCGCUGCUGGCCGCCGCCGGCAGCCCGUUCGGCCUCGGCUCCGACAUCGGCGGCUCCAUCCGCAUGCCGUGCUUCUUCAACGGCAUCUUCGGCCACAAACCGACGUCGAACGUGGUGUCGAACGUGGGUCAGCUGCCUCUGGCCACCGGCGAGCUGAACACGUUCCUGGUGACGGGCCCGAUGUGCCGGCACGCCGGUGACCUGCUGCCGCUGUACCGGGUCAUCGCCGCGCCGGCCGCCCACCAGCUGAGCCUGGACCGGCCUGCGCGCGCCGCCCACUUGCGCUACUUCCUGGCAGAGGACGACGGCGGCUUCCCGUUGGCCAGUCCCGUACACGGCGACAUCCGCGGCGCGAUGCGUCGCGCCGCCCGCCUGCUGGAGGCCGCCCACGGCGUGCGCGUGCGACCGCUCCGACUGCGGUCCAUGUUCCACCAGCUGGAGAUCUGGGCGCACAAGAUGGCCGCCGUGACGGAGGCGCCGCCGUUCGCGGCCGAGCUGCGCGAGCGUCGCGGCGCCAUCCGGCCUGGCUGGGAGCUGAUCAAGUGGUGCCUGAUGCUGUCGGAGCACACGCUGCCGGCCAUCGUGCUGGCGCUGACCGAGCACGGCCUGUCGCCCGACUCGGAGCACGGCCGCCGCUGCCUGCGGCUCUGCGAGACGCUCAAACUCGAGCUGGAGACGGCGCUCGGCGAGGACGGCGUGCUGCUCUACCCGACCCACCCGACGCCGGCGCCCUACCACAUCCAGCCGCUCUUCAAGGGCUUCAACUUCGCCUACACCUCCAUCUUCAACGUGCUGGAGCUGCCUGUGACGCAGGUGCCGCUGGGCCUGGGCUCGUGGGGCGUGCCGGUCGGCCUGCAGGUGGUAGCCGGCCGCGGCCGCGACCAUCUCAGCCUGGCAGUGGCCUCCGAGCUCGAGCGGCUGGCCGGCGGCUGGGUCAGCCCGUCAAAGAUCGAGUGAGUACUGAGCGGUGACAUCGAUCAAUAACCCCUGUAGAGGGAGGAUGACUCUUGAAAUCUAAGGCAGUCAUCAAUACCAGCUUUACCAGUUUACCAGUAUCUUAUCACUUGGUACUCGGGAUGAUUCUGACCGCAUUUGACCUUCAUUAGCAUAUACCUAUUAGCCAGUGCAGUCGAUGAAUUUUUGACAAAUUGCUAUUUCUAUACGUACAGUCCACAGCAGAAGUAAUGUGGGGUUUCGGUCAUGGGUAUGUUCUGCUUCUGAAGCUUAGGAACGAUUAGCCAGACUACAAUGAAACUUUGAAUGUAGCUUAUAUGUAUCGUCACCCUUGCAGCUGCAACUUUAGCUAUUGACAUCUUCUUUUCGAUCACUCCGCAUUAAACAAUCGCCAGUCAAAGCCAACCGUUGAGAUUGGUAAAACCCUACAUUACUUUAGCGGUGGGCUGUACAUUCGCCAUUCGGAUCCAUUACAGUCAUUGAGGAGCUGACGAUUGCAAUGAGUCAGUGGGCUAGUGGAAUGUAGGUUAAUCGCUUGGUGUCCUUAUUUUACCAGUUUCUGCCAUUAUCUCCAGUUGUUAGUUUCCAAUGUGGUGGCAUGACUCGCGACAUGAGGAUACAUCUGUUGUGAAUCGGUCGGCUGGUGCUGGAGCUGGGUCACGGUAGAAAGUUGUUUAAUCCUCACUCACCUGACCGCGUGCGUCACAUGCAUGCCGCGCGAUCGCCGGACUGUUGCUUAAAUACGUGUUUGAGAAUUUAUGAUUGUUAACACGUUUUAAUCUGCAGUGGUGCUUUCAACAUGUCAGCGUCCUAUAGCAAUGCCAUGACAGUUGAUUGAUAAAUGCCUUGCUAUUACAGCUUGUAGCAUCUUUGUUGCGUAGUUGGACUGUUGGUGCAGUUGAUUAUGCCAGAAUGAACAACUCAUCAGGGCCUUGUGAGUACGGUUCACGAUGUGAUGCUGGUAUCGGGUCUUAUGUAACCGGUGUGUGGUGCGGCGUCUUGUCCAGGAAUUUGUACUUGUAGCGUUAAGUAAGGGACAGGAUUGUACGUUAUCAGCGUGCGAUGCGAUUCGUGCUCAUACGGGCUUAAGGUGCUUUAUCGGGACGGUAUAGUGUCGUUGGUACGAUGUGGAUAGGUGUAUGGGUGCUGGAAUUAACUGGAGUUUCUGGAGAGCUGGGUACAUUUCACGUCAGUGGGCAUGUUGUGAUCCUAUGUCGUAGAGCCGAGCAACGACGCUGGUUUUGUAUGGAGAUAAUUUUUGGUGUGUAGCUUUCGAUGGAUAGUUUUUCUGCGCUGUGGUUCAGCUGUCAUGGUGCUUCCACAUUAUACGUAGUGUGCAUCACCCCGUGCCUCUUGUCGGUCCGCGGAGGCGGCGAUGGAUGGUGGAUUGAAAGCGUUUUGUCUCGUGGUGACUACCGACUUGCGUCGUGUGCUAGACUUGAGCUCAACUCUGCUACCUUUACUACGCUAGGCACCAGAUUGCAAACGGGCCUCAGCUAAAUCGUUGCCAGUUUUCAACUAUGCUCUGCUAUGGAACCGUUGUAAUCCAUCGCUGCAUUACCUGAACUGAGUGUGCGUAUCUACCAUAUAUGCACCUCCACCGUGACCUGCCAGUCUGUUUUGAUCUGCUAAAUAACGCGCUGAUUUAUUUUGUUCAAUAAAUGAAGCCAG